AUGGGGCCGGCGGGCACCGCCGCUGCCGCCGGAGGAGGCUACGGCCGGAGGAGGGAGGGAGGGAGGCGGCCCGCACUGCCGAGGCGGAGGAGGGACUUGCCGGACCCUGUCGCUGUCGCUGUCCCCACGCUGGGGUGUGGCUGUCCCUGUCGCUGUCCCCAGGAGCUGGUGGUGCAGAAGGGCUGGCGCCUGCCCGAGUACACGGUGACGCAGGAGUCGGGGCCGGCGCACCGCAAGGAGUUCACCAUGACGUGCCGCGUGGAGAGAUUCGUGGAGAUCGGCAGCGGCACCUCCAAGAAGCUGGCCAAGCGCAACGCGGCCGCCAAGAUGUUGGUGCGGAUCCACAACGUGCCCAUGGAGCCGCGGGAUGGCAGCGAGGCCGAGGGCGAGGAGGACCAGUUCAACAUGACGUGCCCGCGGCUGGAGGGGCUGCGGGGCCGCGCCCCCGGCUGCACCUGGGACUCGCUGCGCAACUCGGCGGGCGAGAAGCUGGGCCAGCUGCGGAGCCGGGGAGCGGCC